UCGUGUUUUUUGUCGUAUUUUUCGAAUAUUUUUGAAACUAGUAAAUUGAUCUAUUUCAAAAUCUAAUCAGCUCUUAAGCUCUAUAAGCUGCAUCAAAUGCUACCUCAACUAUCGAACCCGAAUUAAUCGUUCAAGAGAUAAUUUCAAAAAAGUUUUUUUUUUCCUAAUAGCUCGAAAAUUGACAACUGAUUCGAAAUAGUUUACAGCGUUAGAGGGUAAAAACCCGAUUCUAAUGCCGCCCAAACCUCAAAAACCGUUGAUUAGUUCAAAAAAAAAAAUCGGAGAUAAAAAAUCUAAACAGUAACAAGUUACUUUAUUUUUUCCGGAUAACGCAUUACGUAAUUUAUCAUAUGUUCCGAAACCUAUACCGUCCCUGCGUUUUUAUAGUCUUUGAUGAUCGCUACAUAAUUCAUUGCAAUCGGUUCGUUGGCUUAAAUAAUAUGAUUGACAAAAUUUUUGAAAAAUUGCUGCUUUCAACUAUACUCAUGCCUUUAUAAAGGAACAAAGAAAUUUUAGAAGUUUUUUAGUGAUUUCUGCAACGCUGUAACUUCGUGAAAAAUAAUCGUAUCGAAAAAAAAAGGAUUUUGUAGCUUGAAAUCUUUAGUUUCGACGCAUUUUAAUCAAUUUUUUUUUAGACCUUCAGCCAUUGUGCAAACAUGAAAAAUACCGCGAGACAAAAAUUUCCUAAAUUUAUUUUUUUUCUUGAGAGAGUCCACGGGCUGCGAAAAAAUUGUUUCAGCUAAGCCAAUGCAUGUCGGUUAGAAAAUUCAAUCAGCUUUAAUUUGCAUUUUUUUUUUUUUACAUUCGUACGACAUCUUGUCGCAGAGAUAUCAGCCUUCAAACUAAAAAUGACCUCUUGGGUUUGAUCAUCGUGUAACCGUGUAGCAGCGAUUUUCAGACGUGAGAGUGAGGCUCUCUCGCUUCCUUUGUUCUCUCUCUCUCGCUCUCAUUUGGUUUUCUCGUUUGCGAGCUUGGCUGAGUCUUGGCGGAAGUCUUAGCGCAGCGGAGAUGCGGAAAUUGGUCACUGCGCAUAAUUGGAAGGGGGUCAACACGAGGUGCUGACCCGAGACAGUUGAUUUGGAGACGACACUUGUGCUCCAGUGCUACUACUGUUAAGUCGCUUUUCUUUUCUCUCACCGUGUGCCUUAAUUAUUUCUUUGAAUAGAUUUUGUCCAGUGAGUUAAGUAUUGUGUUCGCGUGGUUAAUUAAACCAAGUGUCGCUGUGCCAGAUAUCCAUAAUUCCAAGGAGGAAAUUUGCUGCGUGGACCGAUCCCUCAUCAACCAAGUAGACCACCCAGGGACUAGAAGGAUGGAGCGUAGGCCGAUUCCUACAAGGUGAUUAUUGAAAUUAUGGAAACAUCGGUUAGGCAUUUACAGUCGAUUGCCGCAGGAGUAGAUCCUAGUAGAAGGAAUGCCAAGACCCUAAUGUCGAAAGAUUUCAUCGAAAAAAAAACGCUUCAACUCGAAAACUCUGAUAUAAGUUUAAGCUUUUAUUUAAAACAAAUGAGCACAGAACUUCAGAAGAGAAAACCUAAAUUUGAAGAGCCUAGUGAUACGUCUGAUGAUGACAGUGAAAAUAGGAAAGUUGAUAGUAAUGGUCAGAAAUCAACCGAGAUACCUAUGCCAGCAGUUAUUCCACCACACAGUAAUGCCGGAAAAACCUCAUCAACUAUUACGAGCACUGACGCAACUGAAGUUAUUGAGAAGCCGAAGCCCAAGGAGGUCUUGAAAAUUAUUUCAAACGAAAUAAUUAAACCUGGUAAACGAUCUAACUACGUUCCAAUCCCACUGAUUCCUUCAGCACGCACUGCCGUCCGUGACAGUCCACCAAUUGUGUCAAGCACUGGAUCAAAAACAAGCGACAAGGAGUCAGAGAAAUUUCUGAAACGGAACUACGACAGUGGAAAAAAGGAAUUUGAAAAAAUUAGCAUACCGAGAAAUAAAUUAUUCAUUGUAGAAGAAAAUGUUAUUGAAAAGCUGAAAAAAAAAUAUAAACAAUUGAUCAAAAUAAAAUAAAAUAAUCAGUUUUCGAAAUAAAAUAUAUUGCUUUAAUAAUUGAAACGGUGGGUUGCCGUUCAAAACUGUACGAGAUGUUUUAACAGCCUGUUCGUGGGUUACCCUAGCUACUCAGACCAAGUGAGACUCUUAUUUUAUAUUAUUUUAUAAUAAAUACCCGAACUGGCCUUACAAAUCCAAACUAACACUAGUACUUAGCCUAGAUUGUAGUUCGGAGCGAUGGUAAUGUCCCUGAUGACCUUGGACUGGCUUGACCCUUCUGGAUACCCCUUCUGGAUCGUAAACUGGAUGAGUGUGCGCUUAUUUUGCCUUAACGAUAAAGGUGGGCUGGAUAACAGAAUGAAUUCACUCAACACUGGUAUAUAUAUUAUUAAUUGAGACUUUAUUAAAGAAAAGGCUUAAUUAAUGCCACUUCACACACACAAACCGGUUAAAUUAAUUAAUAACCGUAAUUAAUAACGGGAGCCUUCUCAAUUUAACUAAGUGUAAAUUGGAUCAAUCUGAGAUAAAGUUAAACUAAGUGUUAACUUUAUUGCUGAUUAACUAAGUGUAAUACAGCACUGCUGGAUUGACUGGUAUAAACUUAAUAGAAUAUUACAGUGAUUCUAAAACGUCUAAACCGUAAAAGCCUGAUUCAAUUGAUCGCGCUCCGUUUAUAUAGACGUGCCGACGCACCGUCCCACGUGAUAUUACCUGGGAUCACAUGAUAGCGGAGGCGCACGAAGCAACUUCGUAACAUAAUAAAUAAUGAAUUUGUUAUUAUUUCCCGCACGAAAUUUCCAUAACAUUAUUUCAAAUGAGAUCGAAAAGCCUAAGAAAAUUUACACAGGACUCGAUUCUGAACACAAAAAAAAGUGAUGCCCACGCUGUCAUGAUAAAAUUUCUAUGAAAAUUAACGUCAGUCGCACCUACCGAUGGAUAUGACGAAUUUUAAUAUCAUGACCUUCAAGUUAAAAAAUUCGAGUAAAUUAACUCGGGUCUUGAUUCUGUACACAAACAAGCCGGAGCUCACGCCGUCAUAAUAAAAUUUUCAUAAAAAUUAACGUCCCUCGCACCUACCGAUGGAUUUGACGAAUUUUGAUAUCGUGACCUUGAGAUGAUAAAACUCGAGUAAAUUAACUCGGGUCUUGAUUCUGUACAUAAACAAGCCGGAGCUCACGCGGUCAUGAUGAAAUUGUCAUAAAAUAUAACGUCCGUCGCACCUACCGAUGGAUUUGACGAAUUUUGAUAUCAUGACCUUAAGAUAAUAAAACUCGAGUAAAUUAUUUCGGGUCUUAAUUCUGUACUUAGACAAGCCGGACCUCACGUGGCCAUGAUAAAAUUUCUGUUAAAAUUAACGACCGACGCACCUACCGAUGCAAUUGACGAAUUUUGAUAUCAUGACCUUGAGAUUAAGAAACUCGAGUGAGUUAACUCGGGUCUUGAUUCUGAACAUGAACAAGCCGGAGCUCACGCGGUCAUGAUAAAAUUUUCAUAAAAAUUAACGUCCCUCGCACCUACCAAUGAAUUUGACGAACUUUGAUAUCAUGACCUUGAGAUGAUAAAACUCGAGUAAAUUAACUCGGGUUAUAAUUCUGUACUUAGACAAGCCGGAGCUCACGCGGUCAUGAUAAAAUUUCUUUUAAAAUAAACGACUGUCGCACCUACCGAUGGAUUCGACGAAUUUUGAUAUCAUGACCUUGAGGGAAAAAAACCCGUGUAAAUGCUCUCGGGCCUUGAUUCUGUACUUAAACAAGCCAGAGCUCACGCGGUCAUGAUAAAAUUGUCAUAAAAUUUAACGUCGGUCGCACCUACCGAUGAAUUUGACGAAUUUUGAUAUCAUGACCUUGAAACGAUAAAACUCGAGUAAAUUAACCCGGGUCUUGAUUCUGUACAUAAACAAGCCGGAGCUCACGCGGUCAUGAUAAAAUUGUCAUAAAAAUUAACGUCCGUUGCACCUACCGAUGAAUUUGACGAAUUUUGAUAUCAUGACCUUGAGAUUAAGAAACUCGAGUGAAUUAACUCGGGUCUUGAUUCUGAAAAAUAAUAAAAACAAUAAAUAAAUUUAUUUUAUUUCGACAACCGAACUGACAUCGUGUUUUGAUCACAUAUUAUUCUACGAGCAAUUUUAAUUUCGUUUAUAUCGAGUCAAGCCGACAACGGCAUUUAUAUUUUGUUGUAACUGAUUAUUUUUGUAAUACCGAUCAAUUACUUGUGUUUAAUAUACGACUAAUUAUUUUGUGUUGAUUCUGAUUAAUUAUUUAUUGUAAUCUUAAGUACCUGACCUUUCCCCGAUCCGCCACCCUGAGCCGACAUUUCGAUAAUCGUUUAUUUGGUGAUUAUAAACUCACCUGGCGCCCAACUUGAUAAUAAUUGAACAAGUUUGCCAAAAACCGUAAGUGUAU